CACCGUGAGAGGCUGCCUAACACAAAUGUCCGUGCGCCGUUCGGUUAUCCCUCCACGCGAGAUCGAGGUGGUGAAUGAAUUAGCACGUGACCGUCUCCUACUGCCGGCACACUUGGCCCGCGCUCUCGCGAUAUGCCCUCCGCCGCAGGGCCACUACUUCACCUACACGCCAAGAAAGCACUUGCAUCAGCAGCAACCCCGCGAGCUUCAAUCCCCUCUACUAUAUAAGGCUCGCCCACACCGCCCCCACAGCUCCUCACCGUAAUCAAUCAAUCAAUCUAUCACCCCCAAGAGCUUUUCCCACUCUUGCAAUGUCUCAGACAGGCACAAGCCCGACCGUCCCUAAGGGGCUUCUCGAGCCAGAGGUGUCAAAUGACAGUUCUGGAGAGCAUAGAAGCUUGGUGCAGCAAGACAAGGCUAGUGAGGAUAAGAAGGACGCCACUGUAGGCACUGGCAAGAAGACUGCGUCGUCCCCCUCGCCUUCUUCCAACGCCGUGACUGAGGAGAUGCCAACGUCCACAACUGCUGGAUCGUCCUCCAAUUCCUCGCCUACUAGCAACACUCCCGCUACGCCCACCUCUAAGUCCGAAGUCGAAUGCGCGCCCGAUACCGACACUAUCGCCGCCAACUCGAGCAGACGUCGCAAGGUUUCCGAGGCUAAGGCACCAGCGAAGAGCGAGCCCAAUACCAACACUGUUGCCACCAACUCGAGGAAACGUCGCAGGGAUUCUGAGGCUAAGGUACCAGCGAAGAGCGAGCCCGAUAUCGACACUAUCGCCACUAACUCGAGCAAACGUCGCAAGGUUUCCGAGACUAAGGCACCAGCGAAGAAGGACGCGAAGAAGCAGGCGAAGAAGCAGGCGAAGAAGCAAGCUAAAGGCAAGGUUGGGCAGAAGUUCGCCAAGACCAUGAAGACAAAUGGCAGGUUCUCCAGGCCGAUGCAGGGCGAACUCCCGAUGCCUUGGUACCGAACACCCUGUGUGCGCGACGACGCCAACAUGCCAUGCUCCCUACGCCGGUGUAGGUUCACACACGAAGUCCAGCGGAAGCACUUCGACGAGGCCAAGAUUGACGCAUUGCACGAUGCACCGCCGUCCAAAAAUCCUGGCGCGCGGGGCGGCCAUCGUCAUUGAGAUCUCGCUCGCGUCUGCGCCUUCUCGAGGAAUGUCCCACGGAGCUGAAUAGAGAGGCUUUUUGGAGCCCGGAU